AUGGCAGAAGUGAGGCAUGAGCAAGAAGAGGAGCGUCCUGAAAUUCACCAUGUCAUCCACCAAGCAACAGAUCAUCUUGACAGAAGCAAAGCAGAUCUUUUGCAUUCCAGGCAACCAGAGAUCAGUAUUAUCGCCGGCGAACCUUCGGAUGACAACAAAUGGUUCUCAGCAUCGCCCGUGGUUUUUUCUUCCGACCCUCAAUCCAGCUGGUCCGCAGGCAUCCAGCCCCCACCGUCCUAUGACCAGGUGAUUCAAGAAAAGACCCGAGAGGAGCACAUUGCUCCGCCCACCGCGGCUCCCCGACGGUUUUCUCCCUGUAUCACCACGACCUGCUCCACACAGACUGACCCCGUCAGGGAAAAAUCACCCGGUAAAAAGCCGCAAAAACCGCCAAGACCAUCCUUGCUCAGACCUGAAGGUUCUUCUGAAAGUGGUCCACACAAGUCACAAGAAAGACGGGACUCAGGAGAUCGGUACAAAAGAUCAGUCACCGUCCACUGGGAAACACCUGCGCAACCUGACCCAAGCCCGAGUGCGACAACUCUUUCUGUUCCCACCUUAGAACCCAGACCUGUCCCGCUUCCUCGCAUAAAAUCCAGAAAACAGACCGAAGCUAACAUUCAGACAUUGGUCAAACUUGAAGAUGAUGAGCUCCCCACAGAUGCGGUUAACAUUUCCUCAAAUGAGUAUCUGAAGGAGCUGCUGGACGUCUUUAGUCCGAACGGAGACCGAGCAAAUCCGGAGAAACAAGUUGAUGACGAGAUGAACAGUCAGCGAAACAUCCAGUCCAGGAUCCAGGCCUUUGAGAGCCAGCUCGCCCCAGAGCACGGGAGUGCCUCCGAGCCGAUCAGACCACAGCCUCUUCCUAGAAAGCCGGCAAAGCCACCGGUGUCCGCUAAACCUCCACUACCUUCCAGAUCUGUAUUGGUUCAGGACAGUCAAUAUGUAUCAAGCCAGGAUCAGACAGCGGUUUUCAAACCUCAGCCGCCCCAGAAACUUGCUGGAAAUCCCAUGCGAGAAGAAUUGGAGACCCUGCUCACAAAGGGCGGACCCCCGCAGCGCUCACGCCCGGCAGUAUUAACCAGGGAUUACAGCAUCCACGACGAGGCGCCAGUCUUGCCACCGAGAAUGCCAGUGAAGCCACCAAAGGAACCACUGAAGCCCAACCUCAACAUCAACAACCACAACUCCGCCGCCAUGCCCAGGAAUGAAGAAAAUGCCCACAUUCCACCAAAUCCGGCUCCUGUCAAGGCGAGGCCACCUUUAACAAAAAGGCCCACCACUAUCAGGGUCCCCAGCCAAAUUGCCACAGAGAGUCUUCAGGGCGAUCCUCCUCCACUUCCUGCUCGGAAACCUGUCGGCGCUCCAGGCACCGCAGCCAUUCCCAGGCAAAAAUCCUUACCCAGCAUCCCAACUCAGGGAUUGUUAAAGGACAAGAGGGUUCCAUCGCUGCCAAAUCAGCGGCAAGGCAUCACAAAACCGCUCCCGCCACGCCCACCUGCGGCUAAACCUGGUCCUGGACGACCGCCGCCACCCAGCGUGCAAGCCACCAAGCCCACCAAAGGGUUCCUCCUGCCUCCCAGACCUGUCCAGGGCCAUCGUCUCUAUGACAAAUACACUCUUCCGCACGGAUCCGCCGCCCCGGACUCUAACAGGAGCCACAGCGAAGAACUAUCAUUCCAGGCUGCAAGUCCAACUGGCAAGCAAGAAAAAGGACUAAACGUUCAAGCCUUGCAUGACUUCACUCCAGAGGGUCCAGGAGAGCUGGGCUUGAAGGCCGGUGACAUCAUCAACAUGGUGGAGCGCGUGGACAGUGAAUGGUACAGGGGGACUUGUAAAGGAUCCACUGGUUACUUCCCAGUUAACUUUGUCAAAGUGCUGUCGGAUGCACCACCAAAAUUUGCUCCCGAGAAGAAACCAAAGCCACUUUCUGCUAUAGUCACGGGUCCCAGAUGCGUGGCUAGGUUUGAUUUCGAGGGCGCAAGUGGGGAGGAGUUGUCGUUCAUGGAGGGUGACGUGAUCCGGCUGCAAGCCUACGUUGGUGAUGAGUGGGCCCGCGGGCAGUUGGGCGCCGCUUCUGGAAUUUUCCCUCUCAAUUUUGUGGAAGUCGUUGAAGAUCUGCCGUCAACGCCCACUUGGCCCCAGGGUAUGACGAAUCCCAACAGGGUCGCAUUACCAGGCAUGGCCAGUCAUCAGCCAGAAGCGGUCAAACCGGCUCAGUCUUCUGUAGAGUGGGCAGUGGCUCAACAUGACUUUGACGCGAAUGCGGAGGAUGAGCUGUCUUUCAAGCGGGGCGACUGCAUUCUUGUCACCAUGAAAGCAAAAGAAGUAUUGUUGGAGGCCAAUAAGUGGAAUGUUAGGUUUGAUUUCGAGGGCGACAGUGGGGAGGAGUUGUCGUUCAUGGAGGGUGACGUGAUCCGGCUGCAAGCCUACGUUGGUGAUGAGUGGGCCCGCGGGCAGUUGGGCGCCGCUUCUGGAAUUUUCCCUCUCAAUUUUGUGGAAGUCGUUGAAGAUCUGCCGUCAACGCCCACUUGGCCCCAGGGUAUGACGAAUCCCAACAGGGUCGCAUUACCAGGCAUGGCCAGUCAUCACCCAGAAGCGGUCAAACCGGCUCAGUCUUCUGUAGAGUGGGCAGUGGCUCAACAUGACUUUGACGCAAAUGCGGAGGAUGAGCUGUCUUUCAAGCGGGGCGACUGCAUUCUUGUCACCAGGCAUGUCGACGCCGAAUGGAGCUGCGGAAGACUCAAUGGCAAAGAAGGAAUCUUUCCCAAGGUUUUUGUGGAGAGUCGCACGGGUCCAAAGCUGCUGACUAAUGAGUUGGAAGCUGGUGAAAUGAAGGGAAGGGCCAUGUACGAAUUCAUUUCAGACUGCGAUGAGGAGCUCUCUUUGCAGGUCGGGGACAUCAUCACCAACCUGGAGUCAAUCAACGAUGAAUGGUUCCUGGGUGACUUGAGGGGCAAACGGGCCUUAGUGCCUAAAAACUACGUUCAAGUGCUCUGAAGUUCGGACUCAAACUUCAAGUACUUGUUGUGCAAUGAAGUAUUUAAAAUCAGUGAAUAUUUUCUGCUGCAUUACA